GACGACACUGCCGCGCUGGGAUUGGUCCGCAGAACCCGCUUUUCGCGUUUCCGAUUCCGCCACCUCCGCGACCUCUGGUUCUUCCCGUCGUGGCGGCGUCCUCGUCGACCUCUGUGCACUAUGUCCAGCGGCCUCCUGAAGGCGCUGCGCAGCGACUCCUAUGUGGAGCUGAGCCAGUACCGGGACCAGCACUUCCGGGGUGACAAUGAAGAACAGGAAAAAUUACUGAAGAAAAGCUGUACAUUGUAUGUUGGAAAUCUUUCCUUUUAUACAACUGAAGAACAAAUCUAUGAACUCUUCAGCAAAAGCGGUGACAUAAAGAAAAUCAUUAUGGGCCUGGAUAAAAUGAAGAAAACAGCAUGUGGUUUCUGCUUUGUGGAGUACUACUCAAGAGCAGAUGCAGAAAAUGCCAUGCGGUACAUAAACGGAACUCGUCUGGAUGACCGGAUCAUUCGCACAGACUGGGAUGCAGGUUUUAAGGAGGGCAGGCAGUAUGGCCGUGGACGGUCUGGAGGCCAGGUACGAGAUGAGUAUCGACAAGACUAUGAUGCUGGGAGAGGAGGCUAUGGAAAACUGGCCCAAAACCAGUGAGCAAAAACCAUCAUGAAAAACUCACUCCUUUGGCCUGCUGAAUUUGAUGUACAUUACCUAAGGUCUGCAAACCUGCCAUUUUUACAAAUAUUUGAUCAAUGUCUCUACUGAGCCAGACACCACUUCAUGGCUUUCCUCUGAAAAUUAUUAAAGGACAGAAUCCAAAAGAAUGCCUUUAAUUCUAGUCUUAGAAUAUUGGGCAUGUGUAAGGUUACUGGAAUGAUUUUCUUACCAGGUCAAAAAUCGUGUUCCUUGGCAACGGAGUUUAUCUAUAAUGUUGAUUUAUCAGCCAAAAACAUCACACGUCUUUUAGGAAAAUUGGAAAAAGUUUACAAUUUUGUUUACCGUGUUUGUGUGUAAGCAAGUUCAUGGUCUACACAUUGGGGCCUGUAAUCAUCUAAAAAUUUUUUUAGUUGCCUUGAGAUAAAGUUUAAUAAAAGGAGUUUUGUUAUAUUCA